AACGCAUGCGCAUACGAAGAAAAAACAAACUGAUCAACAACAUACACAGCGUUACCAGUGUCAAACUAUUGUCAAUAACCUUGAUGUUAGAAAGGUAUCAGAUACCCAGGAGAAUGCCGUUAGUGCUUCGCAGCAAAAACAGAAACACUAGCUAACUCUGCCUGAAACGACGAUAUAGCAAAGCGGAAGAAGAGAGAAGUGAAACCUCUAGCUGGUUUACGUUGCACGUAUUUGGAAGUCGCCCGAAACAGUUGACAGACUACGUGCUUGCUUCCUGUUGGUGUGGCUAUUCAAAUACCCAGCGACUAGAUACAAUGCAAGAAAUCUCGUGAAAGGAUACUCAAACCAAGGGCAAGUAACAACAGGAAGUAAACAAACCACCGGACUCCGUGAGUCUGUUUUCUACAUGAGUCUGUUGGCAGAAUGUCGCUGAGUUCAGGCGGUUGGACUCACACCCCUGGCUACCCGCCGGACCAGUCCGCCGCCCUACCCGGUCACUAUGGGGCCUCGCAGUCACAACUUGGCUGCCAAACCGUCCUUAUGUCGGUUCGGGUGUCGGUAUGCCAUUCUGGUAUUCGGCCGCUGUGUCUUCCCGGAGCAGGUGAUGAGUCACUCCGCCUGCAGCUCAGCAUGGACCCGGGGAAAUCCGGGGAAUUCCGGCUGUCGCUCCAGGACGGCUGCGGGACUGGACGGAGUGUGACCAUUGCUGAAUUUGAUUUGAGGUUGGUAAACUAUGAGGUGAAGUCACCAAAGUGCCACGAACUGAGUUUGGCAACGCCUCCACAUGACCGCAUCAGCUUCAACUUCCGCUGUGAGCAGGAGGCCCGGGAGUGGGCUACAGUGGUGAUGUCCUCACUAAGGGAAGCACAAAGAGUAGCCCCUCAAGAUGAUGGUCCACAGCUCCCACAGGAUGGUCAGAACACCUUGGCUUUGCAACAGACAGAGGAAGCCUGCAUAGAGCUGACCCGAGCCAUAGAAGCAGGUGACAUGAAGUCUGCGUCUGUCUUUGCUGCCUCGCUCGCCCGACAAAAUGCCACGCUCAAGAUUCGCCCCUCUGCAAGAGACUAUGAAGACAGUGAAAUCAACUUGGCUGUUGCAGUUGAGGAUUGUUCUUCGUCCUGUUGUGUCACUGUGAAAGUCUACCCACAAAUGACUACCGCUGCACUGAAACAGCAGAUGUUUCUUGAGUAUGGCUUUCACCCGCGGGUGCAGCGCUGGGUGAUUGGCCAGUGUCUGUGCACCGACCAGCGUUCUCUGGCCUCAUACGGGGUUCGUCAGGACGGUGACACAGCCUUCUUGUACCUCCUGUCAGCCCGUCAUGUUCGCUUGACCCAUCAAGUCCUCCAGCAGGACCAGGAAACUGCCCUCCUCCUGAGUCCUCCAUCUCUGUCUCUCCACACUCCUCCCCUCCCUGCUACCUCUGCGAAUGGCCCCUCAUCUCUGGGCCGGAGGGCUUACACAACCCUGCCUUCUAGACUCCAUACCAGCAGCAACACUGAGAGAGGAAACAUCAGUGAGAUCAGAGAGCUCAUCAACCUAGAGAUGCCUCAACUCAAUGAAGCACUAAGCCCCAACACAGCCUCCACCCAGGGUUGGUCGUGCCCUUCUUGCACUUACAUUAACAAACCAACACGGCCAGGCUGUGAGAUCUGCAGUACAAACCGCCCUGAGAACUACGUCAUCCCGGGGGGAUACCGACCUGAUGCACUGGAACUCAGACGGAUCCAGCAGGAGAAGGAGGCUAUCAAAAAGUACCAACAGGCAAGGGAAGAGGAGCGCAUGGAGAAUUUUGCCCGGCUAGUGAUGAUGGAUGGACAGGACCUACUGCCUAACCCAGAGCCUGUGGACUGUAGGAUCUGUUAUGUGGACCUGCAGCCUAAAGAGGGGGUCCUGCUCAGGGAGUGUCUCCACUGCUUCUGCAGAGAGUGCUUACGUUCAGUCAUCAUGCUGAGUGAGGAGCCAGAGGUGGCCUGUCCCUACAGAGAUGACACAUAUUCCUGUACCUGCUCCCUGCAGGAGAGGGAGAUCAGAGCUUUGGUGCCAGAAGAGGAGUAUGAGCGCUGGCUGCAAAGAGGCCUGUCAGUGGCAGAGUCUCGAUGUGAGGGCAGCUACCACUGUGCCACCCCAGACUGUCCCGGCUGGUGUGUGUACGAGGACACAGUCAAUGUCUUCCACUGCCCUGUCUGCAGGAAGCACAACUGUCUGAUUUGCAAGUCUAUCCAUGAGGGAAUGAACUGUAAGCAAUACCAGGAUGACCUUGCAGCCCGUGCUAUAAAUGACUCUGCUGCUAGAAGGACAACACAUCUACUCAAGACUCUGGUGCAGUCAGGGGAGGCAAUGCACUGUCCCCAGUGUGGCAUCAUUGUGCAGAAGAGGGAUGGAUGUGAUUGGCUACGCUGCACUGUGUGUCACACUGAGAUCUGCUGGGUAACCAGAGGACCCCGCUGGGGACCUAGGGGUCCCGGAGACACCAGCGGAGGAUGUCGCUGCAAUGUCAACAAUCAAAAAUGCCAUCCCAAAUGCCAAAACUGCCACUGAGAUUCUAAAGAGUGGUCAGUUUGUAGAAGGGAAUGGAAGAGUCAAACUGAAACAAACUAUUUUCUAAAAUAGAAAAAAAAGAGGAUUAAGGUGAAUAAAAAAGUUUGUUUAAGUCAAAACUGCAGGAUUGUUGCAUACCAUGCAUCUUGCUUGUUAUAACUGGAAAGACAUUCUCAAUUUUCUCUCAGCCAACUUCUAACCAUCACUUAACUCUGCCUCUCAAAAACAUUAAGAUGCAGGCCAUGUGAUUUGAAGUCAGCCUUAUAACAGUAUAAAUGAAGUUAUCACAUCAGACUGUAAUGAUAAGUAUGCAGGGAAAGAGUAUUAACUUUUACAAUGAUUGCACUGUACAUCUAGCAAUUCAGGUGUGUUGUUUUGUGUUUUGGUUGUUACAUACUAGGAUGCAUUAAAUCAAACUGAACGCUGUAGCAAGGUGUUUUAUGAUAACGCUUUUUUGUGUUCUUUUAUAUGCAAUUUUUCUGCAUUGAGAUAGAUCAAACGAGCGGAGAGGAGUUUAUACAUGGUAAUAUUGUUUGUGUCUGUGUGAAAGUUUGACUGCAUGUGCGCCUGUGUUACCAAAGAGGUCUGAAUUGUGUCUGAGUGUUAAUCGGAGUCUCGUGUUGUUUGAGACUGACUGAGUGGAGCCAGAAUGUUUGCAUUCUGUUAAUCUCUAACAAGCUUCUGUAUUAGACAAGCUGAGGUACUGCUGACCAGCUGUGUGUUACAUGAUGAUGACAUCAUCAAUAAAUAGCAGAGGAAAUAGAUUAAUAAUCAGAUGUUAUAUGUAAUACUUGAAUACUUUCUGAGAAGGCACAUGUGAAUAUAUUUUGUCGAUAAGCUCAUAUUCCUAUUUAAAUAUGACCCGGUGCAUAUGGUGAUGUUAGCCAGCAUUGGCUACUUAACAGCUUUAUUAAUAUGUGAAAACUUUGUAACCAUGGAAAUAUUUUUUUAAUUCAUCUAUGCAUGAAUUUGUUAUUCUAAUACAGUAAUGGAAAUCAACAACAUAUCCUGUACCUUUAUCAGGAUAAGAGCAUGUAGGCUCACACACUGCACUCUCUGUUACCCAGAAUGCCCUCGACUACACUACUGUCUCGCACUGACAAGCUAUUAUUAGGUCUUCACUGUCACUUGUGUUAAAAUAUCAGCUCUGUGUUGCUGAUUGUGCCUUAAAUAAAUACCCUUCAAACUCACA